AUGCCCGCGAUGCCUGCGCCCGCGACGAGGAGCCUCCCACUCCCCGACGAGUGGUCAGACCCAGAUGCCUACGUCGAAGCCCUCCUGUCGUUCGCUACGUCCUCCGACCUCUUCAGGCAUCUCUGCGGAGGUGUACAUAUGCUGGACUUCCUGACGCGCGAGCCCGACCUCUACACCACGCUUCUGCCCGAAGACUGGAGACAAUUCUUCGAACACCACCACAUCGUCGACAUCAUAGACCUGCUUCUGCGCGACGACAUCGAACCGAUCCUAGCGGCCCACAAACAGGGAAAUGUUGCAGGGCAGGGGUGGAGAGACGGCCCGGGUUUACCUCCGCUGUCGUUGCUGGAGUACAUCUCGCAGAUUCGCCGACUCACUCUGCGCAGGGAGUUUACGCCUCGCGAAUCGGGCAAGGCCACGAUUCCGCCGCGGAUUUCUGUGGGGAUGAAGGUUAAGAAGUACCACGAGGUGGCGCAUUUCUCAAAAUACGUCAAUUCACUGUGUAAUACCGUGAAGGAGGAACGGGGCGAGGAGAUUUCGCAUAUUGUGGACUUUGGGUCGGGCCAGAACUACCUUGGGCGGACGCUGGCUAGUCCCCCGUAUAACAGGAAUAUUGUUGCCAUUGAACGGAGGCACCAGUUCAUCAAUGGCGCCAACCGUAUGGACGUUUACGCGAAGUUGGCUGAGAAGAAGAAGGUGCGGCUUGACAAGAAGCCAGAGGAUUGCAAGGUCUGCGAGGACCCGGAUUUGGCAGUGGAGAAACCGGACUCCCAGCCGAAGCAGACGGGUGUGCCCGAUGCAGACAAAGGUGAGACUGGAAAUGACGAGGACGUGGCGGAAAUCAAUAUCUUCCGUGACAUCAGCGUAACAGCGGACGAACUCGGCUCGUUCCCGAAGAGCAAUAAUAUCAAGAAGCCAGUUGCAGAGCCGGAUGGGCCACGAGGGGCAAUGGACUAUAUUGAGCAUGAGAUCAAGGAUGGCUACCUUGAGCCAGUAAUCAAAGACGUUGUUUCGCCGAGCGAAACCCCAGCGGAGACGGAACGCGCCGAGCAGGCCUCGGAUGCAAAGGUUAUGGUCGUGUCAUUGCACUCAUGCGGGAACCUCGUCCAUCAUGGCGUUCGAGCUUUGAUCCUGAACCCAUCGGUAAAGGCGAUUGCCAUGAUUGGGUGCUGCUACAACCUGAUGACGGAGCGGCUUGGGCCUGCCACGUAUAAGCUGCCUGUCUUACGGACUAUGCACCCGCGUCUGACAAAAGAUGCCGUCGCAUACGAUCCGCAUGGCUUUCCAAUGUCGAAGCGCCUGGAAGACUAUGAGCACGACGGCGGGACGGGCGUGAAGUUGAACAUCACCGCUCGAUCAAUGGCCGUCCAAGCUCCGUACAACUGGGGUCGAGAUGAUGCGGAGGAUUUCUUCACCCGCCACUACUACCGCACACUUCUCCAGCGUCUCCUGGUGGAUCGGGGAAUCGUGCAAAAGCCAUCCAUACCAAAAGAACUUUACGGCGGCGAUUCCGAGAACCCGGACAAAGUGGGCAACCCUCUCAUUGUUGGGUCUCUGCGUAAAGCAGCCUUCACCUCAUUCCAAGCAUACACCCGCGCGGCGACUGUGAAGCUAGGCCGUGAUCCAGUUUACGGCGAGAAAGUGAAAGCAGGCUUGGCCGACAUCACAGAGGAAGAGCUUGACCGUUAUGCUACGGAGUACUGGCCAACGAAGAAAAGACUCAGCGUGACCUGGACUCUAAUGUCGUUCAGCGCUUCGGUUGCUGAAGCUAUUAUUGCCGUCGAUCGAUGGCAGUAUCUGCGUGAGCAGGACUGCGUCAAGGAGUGCUGGGUGGAACCUGUAUUCGAUUACGGCGAGAGUCCUAGGAAUUUGGCUGUCAUUGGGAUCAAGAAAUGA